CAAUGUGUCUCAUGAAAAAUCUUUGGCGCUUUUGUCCGUUUAAAAUUGACAUCAACGCCAGCAAAACAGCUGAUGACACUUGUCACUGGAGCAGUGAGCUGUCAGUUCCAGCCAGCCAAGUUGGAUAAUGGAGGUCUGCGUGGAUUCCAUUCAGUCUGCAAUCAACGCAGAGAAAGGGGGAGCAUCUCGGUUGGAAUUGUGCAGCGCACUGAGUGAAGGGGGUCUUACUCCCACACCUGGUUUGCUCAAGGCAGUGAAAGAAGCAGUCAGUAUUCCUGUAUUUUGCAUGCUGCGUGCCAGAGGUGGAAAUGAUUUCGUCUACUCCGCAGCUGAGAUCGAAGUAAUGAAAACAGAUGCACUGCUCCUAAGAGCUGUUGGUGGAGCCGAUGGCUUCGUGUUUGGUGCUUUGACACCACAGGGAGGCAUUGACAUUAAAGCCUGCCAAGACAUUCUACAAGUGACUGCACCGUUGCCUGUAACAUUCCACAGAGCUAUUGAUGUUUGUCAUGACCCUUUGGGUGCGAUGCACAUAAUUGCAGAAUUAGGUUUCAAGAGGAUUCUCACCAGCGGACAGCAAGAUAGUGCAGAAAGGGGAAUAGAGCUAAUAAAGAACAUGGUGUCAAAAGGCAGAGACCAAAUUUCUAUCAUGAUUGGAGCUGGAGUAAACAAAAAUAAUGUGGCUCACAUUCUCAAAGAAACUGGAGCCAAGGAGUAUCAUGGCUCAGCAAGAAUUUUCUUAUCUGAUGCUGUUGCUUCAAAUAGGCCUAAAAUGGGCCCAGGGGACUCAGCUGCAAUUGCUGUUACAGAUGCCGAAUUGGUGUCACAAAUCGUAAAAGAGGCCAAAUGUGUUCUACAAGAUUGAUUCAAUACUGUGUCUAGUAAAACGAUUUAUUGCUAUUGUUUGUUUUUAAUCUAUCUUUUGUAUCAAGUAAUAAAACUGGUGGAAAAAAGAAUAUAAAA